UUGUUUGGCAUAAAUUUAAAACUGUCAAUUUAUGGACUUAUCACCCGAGGUUUUAUAGCAGGUAGUUCGUUUAUGUACAGGACUAUGUGCAGGACUUUACCGGCUUUUCUCUGUCAGACAAUAUUGGUGCAAUAACGUGAUAAGUUACACUAUCAAACUUGAUUUAACAAACAAACGUUAUCUAUUUAAUGGUCAAGUAAAGUCAACUUUUAUCAGGACCAUGGUGUUACACUAUCUUUCAGAGUCAAGUUAAGUCUUAACUACAAUAUCAAAUGUCAUUUUGUUCCUCAAUUAUUUGAUAGGAACUCCUCUCCUGCCCUAUUUGCCCCUCUCCAAACUCAUACACUUAAACUCAGGUGCUUAGGCACACACAGUUUUUUUCCCACAUCUACUGCCCCUCUCACUCCCGCCUCUAUUCUUGCUCACACAUGCUGUGCUUUCCCCCUCCUGCUGCUCCCACCCCACCCUCUUACCCUUUAGUUCUCAGGCAGACUCUUAGAUGUACAGACACACACACACACACACACACACACACACACACACACACACACACACACACACACACACACACACACACACACUUCCUCCCCCUUAGAUCCCAGAGUAGGUGAAGAUCAAAAAGGUGUGAAAAACUAUUGUCUUUUUGGCCUUCUGAACUUUUUAGUGAAGAUCAUAGAAGUUUUGCCGCUGUAAAAUAUUUAAUUGGCCAUUUCUAUUUGAGUGGGAUUAAUAUGUGAUCUGAAAUAUUCUGGUAUUUUUUUCCACAAAUAUCUUCUCACUGUAUCUGAUUGAAAUAAAUCUAAAAUUCUAUUAUUUUCUUUUAGGUAAAGAUGCACAAGAAAGUGUUGUUCUUCCCGGGGAAAGUCUGUGUUGUGUUCCGCAAGGGACCACUUGGAUUUCUCCUCCAGGAGCCGUCAAAGGAAGCCAGAAGAAUUAAGGAGGACUCCACUCUGCAGGACAAGUCUGCCCCCAUACGGGCUGACCUUGUUCAGCAGAAUGCUCUGGCUGUGGUCCGUCGGAGAGGAGGGGAUGCCUCAGACCGUACGGAGGUGCUGGGAGACUACAUCCUGCAGUUUGGGAAGUAUAAAGGGAAGUCUUUCAGGUGGCUUUUGGAGAAUGAUAUAGGGUACACAAUGUAUCUUAUUAAGAACUUGCAAAAGGAGGAAGCAUCAGGUGACAGUGUGACUGCAGGGCAUAGCAAGAACAGCCUACAGUCCUUUGUCAAUUAUUCCCUCAGUUUUGCUGAGAUCCAGUCUCUCCGAACCUAUGAGGCAAGUGGAGGGGUUGUUAUGGCAGCCUCAUUGGAAGAUGACCAGCUGGUUGGCUUUGGCACUCGUGCUAAGAGCACCUGGAAGGAGAUUUGGGACAGCAGAGCUGAUGGCUAUGCAACCUUCAUUUUGGGGAAGAGCUGUGUCCCAGGUACACGCAUGUUCAAGCUGCAGCAGUACCUGCAGAAGAGGCAGCAAUCUGCCUCUGCUUCCCCACCUGUCAAACAUGCCUCAAGGGUCCCCAAACCCCUGGUGAUGGAUGAGGAUGAAGAGCUUGAGAGUGCAAUGAUAAGCAUGACAUCCUCUAAACUACAAGUGCAGACCUUUGCUGCGUCAGCAGCAUCCAUACCAGCAGCUGCCAUACCAGGAGUGUCCGCAGGAGCAAAGACAGCUGGCGUUAUAAUAACUGUCCUAAGGACUAUGAAUUGAUCACUGCCACGAUGAAUUGAUUGCAAACACUAUGAGGGUAAGUAAGCAUUUUCUUUUCUAUGCAUGUUGUAUUUAAAAAGUUAAAUGCAUGCUUGUUCAUUAAGUCAUAAUGCUCUUCCUGCUUAGACUAGAGAGUAGUGAUUAGUAUUGUAAGUUAAUUUGGUGUGUCUGUGACAAUUUAACAUUUAACAUUUUUGAGAAGCAGGAAAAGUAAGCUUGACUGUUUGAGUUCCUACUAACAACAACUCUUGCAUAUUUUGUGAAUUUUGAAAUGACUGAUUAUUUUGUCUAUUCUAGUUCCCUCCGCAACGCUGUCCAAACUUCUGCCCAAAACUACUACUACACUGCAGGCAUCACAGGUUGAAGCUGCAUCAGCCUCAUCGGGUGUGAAAAGGAAGACACCUGUGCCCCUUCCACCAGAGCUGGCAUUCCUAGUCAAGGAGACUGCUGGUCCCACAAAACCAGAGAGGCCUAAGUCAACUCCAGAACCCAGCACAAGUGCUGCUCGCACCUCUGCACAAAAUGAAAAUAGACUUGAAGACUGUGCUGAAGAUGCUCAGCCCCCUGUUCCUGUUCCUGUUACUGUUCCUGUUCCUGUUCCUGUGCCUGGGCAUGACCAUGACAUGAGCAGCUGGAGCUGUUCACA